CAGGAAGUGAGAGGGGAUAUUUGGCACCGCAGACCAAAGGUCCAAACGUCGACGAAAACGUAAAAAGUGAUGUAACGAAAUCGUCAGUGAAAGGGGAAGCGAUCGGAUAAUAGUGUAACAGAAACAGCAAGAAGAAUAUAAAGUUAUUAUCAAACUGUCUCAAGAGGGAGAGAAAGACAUAAAGAAAUAGACAUAAUCUUCUAAACAACUAUUUAAGAGAAACAGGACUUAAGGAAAUAAUUUAAUUUUAGGUUCCUUUUGUUUGUUUCUAUUUUUAUUUAGUUAUUUUUGUUUGUUUACUGACAAUCUACUGAUCCACACUCCAGUCCAGAAGGUGGCGGUACUGCACCUAUAAGCUGGUGUGCCAACCGCCAAUAAACACUACUACAAGAAGAAGAAGACGAAGAAGAGACGAACAGGAAGUGCCGUGUUGUUACCUGUAGGGAGAAGAUGGAGGUGUGUGUGCACGCGCCGCGGCUCCGCUGUAACGCGCAGUUUCCGGUCGGUUCUGUGGUGAAAGAUGUUCUGACCCGGUUCGUCCAGCAGCAGUUUGGAUCCCCUGAGGAUUUCUACGUCAUCAGAAACGGUCGAGUGUCAGAUGUGGAGGAUCCAUUGCAACAUGGAGCCAUCUAUCACCUGCAGCCCCGCCUGUGUGGAGGGAAGGGAGGUUUCGGCUCGAUGCUGCGAGCUCUCGGCGCUCAGAUCGAAAAGACGACAAACCGCGAAGCCUGCAGAGAUCUGAGCGGACGACGUCUCCGAGACGUGAACCACGAGAAAGAGAUGGCGGAGUGGCUGAAGAAGCAGGCGGAGCGUGAGGCAGAGAAGGAGCAGCGUCGGCUGGACCGUCUGCAGAGGAAAUUGUCUGAACCCAAACAUCAGUUCACUGAUCCAGAAUAUCAGCAGCAGUGUCAUGACCUGUCGGAGCGACUGGAGGACUCCGUGCUCCUAGGUCUCCAGGCGUCGUCCAGCGGACACGUGAAGGUGGAAGACGUCUCUGCCACAAAGAGAUCAAACUCUGAUCAGAGCGAGCAGCCGCAGAAGAAGAAGAAGAAGAAGAAGAUGGCUUCGGCGUGUUUCUGGACGGGUGUGGGGGAGCUGGACGAGCUGCUGAGCUCGGAGGACGAAGACGAUGAUGAUGAGGCGUCGUCCUCCUCCAGCUGUGGAGCCGUUACCACGACGAUGCAGAGAGAGGGGGUGGAGCCUGAGCAGAGCAGCAGCUCGUCCUCCACCUCAUCCUCCGCUCGCCAAACCAUUAGAGCCUCAAAGAACCAGGAACCGCCAGAGACCAGAGCCCAAGAGAACCAGGAACCGCCAGAGACCAGAGCCUCAGAGAACCAGGAACCGCCAGAGACCAGAGCUCAAGAGAACCAGGAACCGCCAGAGACCAGAGCCUCAAAGAACCAGGAACCGCCAGAGACCAGAGCCCAAGAGAACCAGGAACCGCCAGAGACCAGAGCUCAAGAGAACCAGGAACCGCCAGAGACCAGAGCCUCAAAGAACCAGGAACCGCCAGAGACCAGAGCCCAAGAGAACCAGGAACCGCCAGAGACCAGAGCUUCAGAGAACCAGGAACCGUCAGAGACCAGAGCCCAAGAGAACCAGGAACCGCCAGAGACCAGAGCCCAAGAGAACCAGGAACCGCCAGAGACCAGAGCUCAAGAGAACCAGGUACCGCCAGAGACCAGAGCCCAAGAGAACCAGGAACCGCCAGAGACCAGAGCUCAAGAGAACCAGGAACCGUCAGAGACCAGAGCCUCAGAGAACCAGGAACCGCCAGAGACCAGAGCUCAAGAGAACCAGGAACCGCCAGAGACCAGAGCCCAAGAGAACCAGGAACCUCAGCAACAGCGGCAGUCUCUGGAUCUGUCAUCGGUGUCGUCCGUCGAUCAGCUGGAGUCUCUGGGUCUGGACGUCCUGAAGGAGGAACUAAUGUCUCGGGGGUUAAAGUGUGGGGGGGCACUGUCGGAGCGCGCCGCCCGACUCUUCUGCGUCAGGGGGCUGACUCCAGAUCAGAUCGACCCGGCAUUACUCACCAAACCCGGAAAGAGGAGGAGGAAGUGAAGAGGUCGAACAGACGCUCGUCUCCACGUUAAGUGAAAAGUUCAGUUUUUAAUGUGUGAAUGUUUCCGACAGGAAGUUCUGGAGAGAAACAGGAAGUGACCUGUGAGUUCGGUCACAUGAUGUAACUCCAGGUUUUCAUUUCUUUCUUUUAUUUCAGUUUUUUUCUCCUUUGAUUCGUCAAAAUAAAGGUCUUGUUUUUUCUCA